CAACAAUUGCUACAGAAGUGACAUUUAUUGACGUUCUGCUGUAUUUACAGGUUGAACAUAGUAAAACUCCAAAGUGAAUGACCACUUGGCAGAAAGCACAGGAGUGCACAUUAAAUCUACAUUUCCAACGCAUCAGAGUCUCUGCUAACACAAAUUAUAAAAGCAAGAAUUACAGGUAUGUUAGGAAUUGUCUCAAAAGUCCCAAGCCAAAGAAAAAAAAAGGCCUUUGUUUUGCAAGAUGGUUUUUAUACAAAGUUGCAACAUGAUCUUUUAGUUUUACACUACAGACUUGUUCCGUGAAAACCCCUGGAGAACCCAAAAAGUUGGUGGUGCGAAAGGAAAGGAUACUACAACAUCGAGAAUAAAGACUGUUAAAAGUUAAUACUUGUGCCACCUCUAAAUUCCCAAUGACACCUCAGAGUCUGGACUGCAGUGACCCCUUCUCCUCACAGGCCCCUGGGUGCUGGGGGACUGCAGGAGCAGCCUCAGCUCUGGAGUCAGCCCUGUGCUGCCAGGCAGGACACGGGGGACAGGGAUGGACUGGGAUGGACAGGACACGGGGGACAGGGAUGGACUGGGAUGGACAGGAGAGGACAGGGGGACAGGGAUGGACUGGGAUGGACAGGACAUGGGGGACAGGGAUGGACAGGACACGGGGGACAGGGAUGGACAGGGAUGGACAGGACACGAUGUACAUGGAGCACACAGGAUGGACAGGACAUGGAAUUCCAUGGAUUGUACAGGACAUGAUGCACACAGGCUGUACAGGAUGUGACACAUGGGGACUGUACAGGACAUGGAGUUCCAUGGGCUGGACAGGACACAGAGCACACACACUGCACAGCACAGAGUGUCACACAGAGCCCAGGACAGUGUCACACACAGCCCAGGACAGUGUCACACACUGCACAAGGUGUCACACACAGCCCAGGACAGUGUCACACACAGCCCAGGACAGUGUCACACAGAGCCCAGGACGGUGUCACACACUGCACAAGGUGUCACACAGAGCCCAGGACAGUGUCACACAGAGCCCAGGACAGUGUCACACAGAGCCCAGGAUGGUGUCACACACAGCCCAGGACAGUGUCACACACUGCACAAGGUGUCACACACAGCCCAGGACAGUGUCACACACAGCCCAGGACAGUGUCACACACAGCACAGGGUGUCACACACAUUCCAGGACAGUGUCACACACAGCACAGGACAGUGUCACACACAGCCCAGGACAGUGUCACACAGAGCCCAGGACGGUGUCACACACAGCACAGGGUGUCACACACAGCACAGGGUGUCACACACUGCACAAGGUGUCACACACAGCACAGGACAGUGUCACACACAGCACAGGGUGUCACACAGAGCACAGGACAGUGUCACACACUGCACAAGGUGUCACACACAGCACAGGACAGUGUCACACAUAGCACAGGACAGUGUCACACACAGCACAGAGUGUCACACAGAGCCCAGGACAGUGUCACACACAGCACAGGACAGUGUCACACACAGCACAGGGUGUCACACAGAGCCCAGGACGGUGUCACACACAUUCCAGGACAGUGUCACACUGCCCAGCACAGGCAGAGCCCGGGCAGCUCCCAGGCUGCAGAGGAACUAAAGCAAGCCUGGCCCCUGCUGGCCCCGGGACGGCUCCUGCUGCCCCAACACCACAAACUCUGCCUGAAGGGCUCCUUCAGCACACCACAGACUCACUGCA